CUCUCUCUCUCCUCGAACACAUUCUUCAAAGGAAGGCGUUUCUCUAACUUCCUUCCUUUGCCCACAACUUGCAUGUACACACCCGAUGUAAGAUAGUACUUAUAUUCCCCAUCUAUAAAUAGAGCCCCCCACUUUCCAUUAACAUCCACAAACAACAUUCAUCAGCACUGCUACAGAGCAAAAGCCAAAAGAAAUAUAUCUUCUUAGUUAAAAAUCCUUUAAACUCAGCCCUUCUACUUGAUUAUCUUUCCUCUGUUUCACUCUCUAGAUUGCUAUGGCAGAGGGGCAGAAAUCAGGAUAUGACGGCCACCCAUUGGCACCCGUCAACGGUUAUGCCCGAAGCGACGCGGAGGCAGCGACUACUAAUACAGAGGAGCUCCGCCGCCAGAAGCGGAAGAAGUAUUUGAUAUACUUCGCAGCAUUUGUGGUAUUCCAAACUCUUAUCAUAGUCCUGUUUUCGUUAACUGUGAUGAAAGUAAAGACUCCCAAAUUCCGGGUCCGCUCUUCUUCUUGGAUUAACAUGGUCGACGUCCAACAAACUUCGUUUACCCUCAACAUGAAUGCUGAAUUCGGGAUCAAGAACACCAAUUUCGGUCCAUACAAGUACGACAGCACCAUGGUCUACUUCCAGUACAACGGUAUUCAAGUUGGGAGUGCCGUUAUUCCCAAGUCAAAAGCCAAUUUCCUAUCUACCAAAAAGAUCAAUGUCCCAGUGGACCUCUCAUCUGCCAAUCUAUCGGGCAAUACUUCGAAUUCUGAAUAUUUGACUCUGACGAGCACGGCCAGAUUGAGCGGGAAGGUGGAGCUGAUGCUCAUCUUCAAGAAAAAGAAAGCCGUGAACAUGGAUUGCAUCAUGGAUGUCAAUACCAGGACCAGAGAGCUCCUGAAUAUCGUUUGCAAAUGAUAGUUUCUUAAGCUGCGUGCUUUGGAAAUUAUUUUUUGUCCUUUUAAUUUUAUAACCAUAUGUAUUUUUGUUUCUCAUAAUUAUAUUGGGGACAGUACGUUCGUGUUUGAUGUAUUAUAGCGAGGCUGUAGUCCCCCUACUGUGGUAAUUUUCUUUGUAAUUUUCUUUUGCUUAUUGAAUGGAUUUGUAUUGGUAGAUUUA